AUGAUCCUCACUACGUGCACUGCCACCCCAACACAACACUCUCAUCCUCCAAAAACACAUUCACCCAUUCAUCUUCCAAAUCAAAUACCUGACUCUAACCCCAACAAAAACCAAACCAUCUCCCUAAAACACAAACCCCCCACAGACCCGACUGUAGCAUGGACAUCCUCCAUUUCUCACCACUGCAAAAACGGCCAUUUACUCCAAGCAGCUUCCGAAUUCACCCGCAUGAGAGAAGCUCAAGUUGAACCCAAUAACAUUACUCUCAUCACUCUUCUCUCUGCUUGCGCUCACCGUCCCUCCCAAACCACCAUCUCCUUUGGAGCCACCAUACACGCACAUGCUUUCAAACACGGUUUCGCCAUAAACGAUGUAAAGGUGGGUACUGCGUUGAUUGACAUGUACGCUAAAUCUAGUCGUGUGGAUGCCGCUAGGUUGGUGUUCGAUCAAAUGGGUGUCCGAAAUUUGGUUUCUUGGAAUACUAUGAUUGAUGGGUAUGUCAAGAAUGGUGAGAUUGAAAAUGCACUCAAGCUGUUUGAUAAAUUGCCUACCAAGAAUGCUGUUUCUUGGACUGUGCUUAUUGGUGGGUUUCUGAAGAGAGAUUGUUAUGAACAAGCUCUUGAAUGUUUUCGAGAAAUGCAGAUUGCUGGUGUUGCUCCUGAUUACGUGACUAUUAUUGCUAUCAUUGCUGCGUGUGCUAACUUGGGUGCACUCGGUCUUGGAUUGUGGAUACACAGGCUUGUGAUGAAGAAAGAGUUCAGAGAUAAUGUUAGAGUUUUGAAUUCGUUGAUAGAUAUGUAUGCUCGAUGUGGGUGCAUAGAGCUUGCUCGUCAGGUGUUUAAUGGGAUGACUCAGCGGAAUUUGGUGUCGUGGAAUUCAAUCAUUGUUGGUUUUGCUCAAAAUGGACUUGCAGGCGAGGCUCUGAGUUUUUUCCAUUCAAUGAAGAAGGAAGGGUUCGAGCCGAAUGGAGUCAGUUACACGGGGGCACUCACAGCGUGCAGUCAUGCUGGAUUGAUUGACGAUGGACUAAAAAUCUUUGCUGACAUGAAGAGAGUUUGUAGAGUUUCGCCGAGGAUUGAGCAUUAUGGUUGCAUAGUGGAUCUUUAUAGUAGAGCAGGGAGAUUGGAGGAAGCAUGGGACGUCAUAGAGAAAAUGCCCAUGAAGCCUAAUGAAGUGGUGUUGGGGUCAUUGCUUGCAGCUUGUAGAACUCUAGGUGACGUUGAAUUGGCUGAAAAAGUGAUGAAGUAUCUUGUUGAAUUGUACCCUGGUGGAGAUUCAAAUUAUGUGCUUCUGUCUAACAUAUAUGCUGCAGUUGGAAAAUGGGAUGGUGCGAGCAAGCUUAGGAAGGCAAUGAAAGAACGUGGCUUACAAAAGAAACAAGGCUUUAGUUCCAUUGAAAUUGAUUCUAGCAUUCACAAAUUUGUGUCUGGUGAUAAAUAUCAUGAUGAGAAAGAUAAUAUUUACUCAACCUUGGAGCUUCUGUCUUUUGAGCUCCAAUUAUAUGACUUUGUUCCUGAUUUAUCUGGAAAAGAAUCUUACGAGGAAGAUUGA